AUGCCUGGCGAGGAGAAAGUCAAAGUACAAGCAAACAACUUGGCCCUUGCCUCGAUGGCCGUAGCCGUGGCCAAUGCAACUAAAGAGCUCCUAAACAGAUGGAAUAACGAUGGGAGGUCUCAAUGUCUGCAACAGCUCAAGGAGCUAUGUACGCAGCCGGAACGAAUCGACGACUUACGCGUCGCAUUUCAAAUCCUCGUCAAUUCUCUCGUCAAUAAGGACGGUUUCCGACUCCUACCAGACGAUUUCGGCCCAUUCUAUCGCGAGUUGGCACAGGCCCAGCCUACGUCGUCGCGUCCGGAUGAGAAUCCAGCUAUUUCACAGAUACUCGUAGAUGCCAUUAGUGUCGUUGAUGACACAUUGGACGACUUGGCGCAGGCACAAGAAACUGAAAAGGAGCGACAAGAGAAUCGCAACAAGCACCGACAGAUACCCGAACGUCAACCUCUUGUCAAGUUGCUUCGAUAUCUUCUUUCGACCGGCGCCAUUUCACAUCAGCUCCUAGCCCUGAACCUGGAAUACAGUCUACUUCAAGAUGUUGGUCUACUGGGCAACGCUUUGCAAACUGCCAAACAAGAAGUCCGAGCGAGGACGCGACUCAUACAAACUAAGGUCAAUCUACUCCGAGAGCAGUCAGAGGGCUACUCCAAGUUCACGGUUGAGUUGUGUACUUCGCUGGGUCCACCUCACGAUCCGCAACUUCGGCCAGACGAAGUAGCGCUGAAGGCACAGACAAAGUCGAUUCUCGAGAGGCUCAUGCGAGUCGCUGGGUAUUUCGACUUGGAUCCAACAAGAAUGCUGGAUCUAAUCCUGGACGUGUUUUCGACCCAUGUCAUGACGCAUUCCGACCUCUUCCUGUACAUCAUUAGGGAGUUUUCCGGCACGCGGACCAGGCUCCUGGGUUCGACGUCCGACAUCGACUCCUCGAUGGACACUUCAGAAUCAUCUGAGAGCGCAUUGGAGCGUCGCCUCCAAGAAGCAGAGGGUCCACUCACCAACCCGCCCACCUUGCCCCAGCUGAAAAACCCGCUGGCGCAACUUCUUGGGUUCAAAUUUUCACACUACGCGGCAGAUGAACAAAGUGUACCUCGGGAGCUUAUGUUUGUUACAGCUUUGCUCAUCCGAGAAGGUCACCUUUCGAUAGCAGACAUCUACAACCAUUUGUCGCCAGAUGAGGCAGGGAUGAAGGCACUCGCAGAAAAGCAAGAUGCGGAAAUGAAAAAGCGUAUACGAAUUGUCAAGACGACGGCCGCUGACAAGGAUAAUGCGCUGGCAAACGCUGGUGUCCUAUCUAAUCUAGACGAUCGUGACUACCUCAGCAGACGCCAACCACAAGUAAGCAACCCCGCGCCAGUUUCAACUACCAAGGCCGUCAAGGAGGUCAAGGUCCCAGAAGAAAUAACCCAACAUCGAGACUUGGCGAUUGCGCUUUUGUCUAUUGGCGCAUUGCGACCAGCUGUUGCCAUCUUGACAAACCACCCUUGGUUGACAAGUCGGUACCCACAAAUUGCAGAUAUUCUUCUCAAACACCUGGAAUACUCCAUCGACCCCAUGUACCGCUCUUUUUCCCCCGCAACGACUCAUCCAGAAGCGGCGGCAACUUACGCCCUCCCUCUAAACUCUAUUAAUGGUGGUCAAAACCGCAAGACAAAGUUGACUAUGACUUUUCCUGAUCCACCUCCAACUCCUGAUACUCAACAAAUUUUCUUUUACCCGCGGUGGACUGAGAGAGUACCACUGUCGACGGCACAGAGCGAUCUAGAGGUCUUUGUGGAGCCUAUGCUUCGCAUCAUUGGUGUUCAUGCCUAUCGUUCCAUUCCGUUGUUCGUCAAAUUAUGCAGAAUAGCUCGAGAACAGCUUAAAAACGAGGGAGGGCCCCCAACGGAAGACGACUUCUGGACCUAUGUGCUGAGACGGCACUUUUUGCCUCUCGUUUCGAUGGCCAAAGACAACCCGAUGCUAGGCAACGAAAUCUGGCCUAUUCUACAACGUUUGGAGAUCCAGCAGCGCUGGGCCAUAUAUGCCGAAUGGUUUCAAAGAACAUAUGAUGGAUCUUUGGAGAUGCGCUUGAAGAAGGCUUAUGUCACAAGAGAGACCAAGGGUGUUUUACGUCGGCUUAGCUCCAAGAAUCAAGGACAAAGCGCCAGAGCUCUAGCAAAGAUUGCUCAUCACAAUCCGUGUGUGCUCUUUCAAAUUGCUAUCGAUCAAGUCAUGUCCUACGAUAAUUUGGCCGAUCCUCUGAUUGAGGCAUUCCGCACACUCUCUCCGAUUGGCUACGAUAUCCUCACCUAUAGCCUUUUGGACGCCUUCUCUCAGACAGAGCGACCGCGGAUGAAGGACGAUGGAACCAAUGUUUCACAUUGGCUGCAAAGUCUUGCCUCUCUUACUGCACAUUUGUGCAGACGAUAUAACGCUAUGGAUCCGACACCCAUCCUGCAGUUUAUCGUACAUCGGCUUCAAGCAGAAUCACCAAUAGACUCCAUCAUACUACGGGAACUGAUCUCAAAGAUGGGCAAUAUCGAACCCCCGCAGCUUUUGGCGGAAAACCAGAUUGCCGCAAUGGGUGGUGGUCCUGUGUUACAGAUCGCCACGGUUGCUCUAGAAUCUCGGGGUAUCGGCCAAACGAGAGCCAUGCUAAAGUCUUCAGACAAGCUCCUUUCGGCAAUGGCCAAGCGUGAGCUCAUCCUGCCUAUCCUCCUCCUUCUCGCGCAACAAAGUCAGUCAUCCGUCUUCAAAAUGGAUUCUUCAGAAGCUGGUUUGAAGGGCAUUGGUGCAAUGUUUGACGAUUUGAGAGGAGACUUUUUCCAGUUUGUUUCCUUUCUCUCGCCAGUAUCGCUGUCUCAGAAAUCGAGCGCCAACGAAUCUCGAGACGCCUUUUUCAAGUCUCUCCCUUCGGUGGCGACCUUGGUUAAUGAUUACGGAAUCGAAGCCACGACAGUAAUGUUCAUUUGCCGUGCUGCAAUCCAACGUACUAUUGUCGAGCAAGUUAUGGCUUCAUCCACAGAACGAAAGUCCAAACCUUCAGUCUCCAAAGAAGAGACGAUACACGAGCCAGAUCCCUUGUCUCAAACUGAAGCAUCCAUUAAAACCGAGACCGUAGAAGGAGAUGUCGUAAUGCAGGUUGAUACGAAGGAGACAGCAGACCUAUGGCUUCCAGUUUUGCAGCCCUGGAUCAGCUCGGUAGCUGAAAUCCUCCCGCCUAGAGUCCACGAGGUUAUGGGAGCUGCUUUCUUCGUAACCUUUUGGCAGCUCAGCCAAUUUGAGAUUACUCCGCUGGUGUCCCAUUACAAGGAGCAACGGAACAAGCUCUCGAAGAUGGUCGAAGAGCACGCUCGAAGAGAUCCCGGCAAAGAAGGCUCAACGCGCGAGCGCAUGAAUUGGUUGGACAAAAAGGAACGAAUUGAAGCCUUUAGAGACAAUCUAGUCAGGGAGAGCAACGAACACUUGGAGGUGUACGCGGCCACCAAGAAGAGGCUCUCCCAAGAGCGCAAGCACUGGUUUGUCAACAAUAAGCGUGGGAAACUGGAGCUCCUCGACUACAUCGUUCAAUACUGCAUAUUCCCUCGAUCCCUUCUUUCCCCCAUAGAUGCGGAGUUUUCGGCAACUUUUAUCAAGCUCUUACACAAUCUUGGUACAGUAGGCUUUUGGACACUCGGCUGCUACCGAAAGUGUGUUGGAGAGCAACUCCGUGGAAUCAUUUUUUCCUGCACUCAGAACGAAGCGAGGAACUUUGGUCGCUUCCUGCGCGUCGUAUUCUCCGACCUCGGGAUGUGGUUCAAAGAUGAAAAGGCUUUUGUUGCGGAUAGUAAAAAGGGUGACGCGAACUCACCCGGUUUCAGCGCCAAGGCCUCGGCAGUGGAGGUUUUGUCGUGGGCCGAAUUCAAGCGGUUCCUGAAGAAACUCCAUAUGCAACUUGGCUCAGUUAUCGUCGCUUGCAUCACAAUGACCAACCGAGAAUUUAUGCAUGUCUCCAACGCAAUUCUCGUUCUUAAGGAACUACUCCCAGUAUUCCCAACGAAUGCGGUUCACUCCAGCGUUGCGUGGCGACAUCAAAGUACUGGCAAGCUCCUAUCAGGACAGUUGCGUAGAAUCAAGAGCAGGUGGGAGACCCCGGAAGCCUCAUCAGCCACAGAUUCCAAGUCCUCCCAACAAGUCAACACAAGUGCUUCUCAGACCAGUGAGGCCAAAAAUCCGUCCUCUACAUCUCAAUCAGAUGCCCGAGACUCGACGACACAGAACGCACCAAUCACCCACCCUUUACCGGCAAAUCCGAUGGCACAAGCUUCCGACCAGCCAUCUACAGAAAUCAAGCUUCCCAAGCGACCAGAUAUCGUGAAGCGUAUCAACCGUGAAGAAGGACACUCUACCGCCGAUGAGUCACAAUCAACUGCCGCAACUGAUGCAGUCGACAAGCCGGCUUCUGCUAUCAGGGUCUCUGAGAGCACCGAUCCAAUGCCUCGGGGAAGCCCUCGCCCACCAAAUGGCCCUGUAGGACCAGGGCAUAGAGACAUACCGUCUGGUCCAAGAGGCACACGGGGCCAUCGCUUAACAGAAGACCCGAGCUCGCGUCCGCCACCUGCAGCUUCAAUGGCUCCUCCAAGGGUUCCUAGUCAUACCCAUUCAUCUCAAGAAGCGCGAACGUCUGCAUUGCAGCAAGCGGAUCGAGGCCGCAAUCAAUCAGAUGGAGACAAGGAAUUGGGCCCAAGUGACCGUAGACCACCAGUUGACUCGCGAAGGCCCGAUGCGCCAUCUCGAGAAGGAACUCGUCGUCGCUCACCCUCACCUGGAAGGUCAGGUGCUGAUGAUGCACGCCGUCGCGAAGAUGAACGUCGGAAGGACGAGAAGCGGUCGGAUAGAGAUAGACGGAGCGACAGGGAGCACCGCGAGCGCCGGGAGUCUGCUCGAAUACCUAGGAGUGAUGAAGCCAGUUCUCCUCAUCGAGAAGAGAGUCGAAAACGGACGCGCGACGCUGGUGAAAAGGAUCCUUCUGACCGUGACUCCAAACGGACAAAUCGAGAGCGUGAAAGGAGGGAACGGCAUCGAGAUGAACGUGAUGACCGCCGACACGACAAAGACAAGCACAGAGACAAGGAUCGUGGUCGGGAGUCAAAGCAUAAGCACGGCAGCAGCUCGACUGGGGCAUCACCAAAUGAUCCCGAAAGGGAGGCAGCGCGAUCAUCUGCGCCAUCUGCACCUCGUGCAGGUCUCAUCUCCGAGGAAGCCAAGCGAUCCAUACUUAAUGCCACGGCAGAACCACCACGGAGAGAUCGUGAUAGAGAAAAGACUGACUCGUAUAACAGACCGCUAGGCGGUCUUUCGAGCAUCGGAAGCUCUCGAGGGCCCGGUCACUCUCAACGACGUGAAGAACGUGGCCAAGAUAAUCUUCAACCGCCUUCACUCAGUCGGAGCCUCGUGUCUCGUAUCGAGUCCCCUCGCGUUGACUCGUCAGCCCCGAACAGACCUAGUGGCGACUAUUCCCGAGACGGUGGUCAUAUCUCUGACCGGGAAAAUGGCAGAAAACGUGGACCUAUCGAGGACAAUUCCGGUGGUCCAGCAAAACGCCCACGAAGAGAUGGGCCAUGA